AUGUCCUCUGAGCACGCGCAAGCCAUCACCGAACAUUUCCCGCGCACCGAAUAUCACCGCCUCAACUAUUACGUCGACCCGGUCGCUCGAAAAAGUGCGCGUGUUCUUUGGGCGGCGCGCGACGCAAGCGCCGAAUGGGUGCGUGCUACGGAGGCACAUGACUGGGACGCCGUAGACGCGGCCAUGUUCAACCUGGCGGUCUUUGAUAAGGCAUACGAGCUUAACCAAGCCCAGUGGCCGCACCGCAUGUCAUCGCCAACGCCUGACCAGUGGCAGAAAGAGUCCAACGGCUACAUCUAUCUCGCAUACAUCCUUGCAGGCCGUCAAUUGCGCGACUUGGGACACCGCGAUCGUAUCCCUCCACGCGACGCCGUGCUGGACUUUUGUCGUGCGGCGAUGGACCUGUGCUACACGCCGCUGGUGGAUGCCCGGCCACUGGACCCGGUGCCACUGGACUAUCAGCUCCUGGAAAAAUACGACCCGCUGGUGCGGCACAAGCGACAGCUGGACGCCUUGUCGCAUGAUACAAGGAGCGAGGCAUUCGUCUCUGAUCACCAGCGGAACGAGUGGGUAUGGACCGACGAGGCCAUGUCGCCAGGCCGCACGACUGAUACCAGCGAUUCGAACCCACCACGCGCGGAUGUAGCAGCAGCAGUGGGAGCUCGCCGCGGCGCUGCCCGUGUGUAG